UAUAUAUAGAGAGAGAGAGAGAGAGAGAGAGAGAGAGAGAGAGAGGUUUCAUUGUGAUUGGAACGUAAACGUCAAGCUAAGUAAACAUGAGUACUGUCAGGACAGAGAACCCAGUGAUUUUGGGCUUGUCCAACCAGAAUGGACAGCUAAGGGGCUCAGUGAAGCCGGCUGGAGCACCAGGAGGAGGAGGAGGAGGAGGAGGAGGAGGAGGAGGCCCCCAACAACAGCAACUCAACCAGAUGAAAGGUGCAAUCAACAAUGGGAACUCCCAGCCAGCCCCUACAACUAAUGCUGUCAUCAAGCCUGGAGAUGACUGGAAGAAGAAUUUGAAAUUGCCCCCAAAAGACAUGAGGAUGAAAACUUCGGAUGUGACUGCAACUAAAGGCAACGAGUUUGAAGAUUAUUGCCUAAAGAGGGAGCUGCUCAUGGGAAUCUUUGAGAUGGGCUGGGAAAAGCCAUCUCCAAUCCAGGAGGAAAGCAUUCCCAUUGCACUGUCAGGAAGGGAUAUCUUGGCCAGAGCCAAGAAUGGCACGGGAAAGAGUGGAGCCUACCUCAUUCCCUUACUUGAACGCAUUGACCUGAAGAAGGACUGCAUACAAGCUUUGGUUAUAGUGCCCACCAGAGAACUGGCUCUGCAAGUAAGCCAAAUAUGUAUCCAGGUCAGCAAACACAUGGGUGGAGUGAAGGUAAUGGCAACCACAGGUGGAACCAACCUCCGUGAUGACAUCAUGAGACUUGAUGAAACAGUACAUGUGGUCAUUGCCACUCCUGGGAGGAUUUUAGACCUCAUCAAGAAAGGAGUGGCCAAAGUCAAUCAAGUGCAGAUGAUUGUUCUGGAUGAAGCGGACAAACUCCUGUCUCAGGACUUUGUGGUUAUGAUGGAAGAGAUACUGGGCUUCUUGGCCAAACAGAGGCAGAUUCUGCUUUAUUCUGCCACCUUCCCUCUCAGCGUACAGAAGUUCAUGAAUUCACAUUUGCAGAAACCCUAUGAGAUCAACCUGAUGGAGGAGCUUACGCUGAAGGGUGUGACUCAGUAUUAUGCUUAUGUAACUGAAAGGCAAAAGGUCCAUUGCCUUAACACCUUGUUCUCCAGGCUCCAGAUCAACCAGUCUAUAAUCUUCUGCAACUCCUCUCAGAGAGUGGAACUCCUUGCCAAGAAGAUCUCCCAGCUUGGUUAUUCAUGUUUCUACAUUCAUGCCAAGAUGAGACAGGAGCAUCGUAACCGUGUGUUCCAUGACUUCAGAAACGGCCUCUGCAGGAAUCUUGUCUGCACUGACCUCUUCACAAGAGGAAUUGACAUUCAAGCUGUGAAUGUUGUGAUCAAUUUUGACUUCCCCAAGCUGGGAGAAACGUACCUUCAUCGCAUCGGUAGAUCCGGCCGCUUUGGACACUUGGGUCUAGCCAUCAACCUCAUCACUUACGAUGAUCGCUUCAACCUGAAAGGGAUCGAGGAGCAGCUUGGAACAGAGAUCAAGCCCAUCCCUGGUAUCAUUGACAAGAGUCUAUAUGUGGCAGAGUACCACAGCGAGAGUGGUGAAGAAGUCAAGCCAUGAGCCAGUAGAUCAGUCCAUCCUCCAUUCCCCUUUGUACCUUUUUUCAUCCCCCCUGUCUUGGAGUUUUUUUUUUAUGUACAGUUUCUGUCUGUCUUCGUUUUUUGGAUGCCACCAUAAGGAAUGUGUAUUUUGAUGGAUGCGUUUCGGAAGAACUCAUUUGCCUUUUUAUAGGGCUCUGUGCUGCACCACCCCACCCUGAAGACAUAAGCACCUAGAGGAAAGCAUGGGACCAAGUUGAAAAUAUAUCGAUGCACAUCGUGACGAUUCAUAUCCACGAAUGACACAAAGCCAGCACCAACAGACCACUAUGUGACACCCUCCAUUCUCCAUUUUUUAUUUUGGAAGUUUUAACCGAUUUGUAUCAAGUGCCUUAACAAGCAGUUCAACUCGUUCUAAAGUAAUAACCCUUCAUUUUCCACCAUCUUACUCACGUCAUACCACACAGUCACGUUCACCUAAUUGAAAAUUCGUCACACUAAUUUAAUGUCAGACCACAUAGGUGAAUUCAUAACUGUUUUUGGUUGUGUCAUCCGUUUGCAAGGAAUGGAGAUAAUUAGGAUGGAGGCUGGUCUGAAUUAUCUUUUUGCUGGCUUAGCUGCACUUCUAUCUGGCUGACGAAUGAGGACACACUUGGAUUUUCCAUGGACAGAGAUGCUGGAUUUUUUUCCAAGAGGCAGCCAGACUGCCCAGUUGCUUGUGAAGAAGCUUGUGCUUCUAAAAGACCCAGACCCUUUCCUCUGUCUUCAGCUUUAGAACACUAAAAAUGAAUAAGCAGCCUCUCAACACCAUGAGUCAUGAGGAUUCCGGUUUCGGUGGAGAUUAAUUGUAGGGAACGCUUUUUUUUUUUUUUUUUUCUCUUUAAUGUCCUGUGUUUCACUUUCCUAUGGAUGGCCAUACUUCUGCAAGACGUGCAGCCGGCGUGGGUUGCACCUUACACCUUGUGUAUAUACCUUCAUUUUAAGAUUGUUUUAAACAAGUUCAAAAGGCUGGCUGACAAACUGAAAAGCUUUUCCCCCUCUCUCUUGUUAGCACUGGAGACUGUUUCCUUAAUUGCCAGUUUGUUUGAUCUGCAAUAUUGGCCUGUGAAUUUAUUUAUAAUUUUAGAAAUUGCAGAAUUUAUUAGAAUCUAAAACAUUUAAAUGACCUUGUGCAUGAAAUGUUUUUGGAGGCAGAGUUCAACACUGAUAAUCUUUUAGCCCCUCCAAAUUUGAUGGCAAGUGCAAUUUUUUUCAAAGCUGCACUUAAACUGAGAUUGUUUAAAUUGUUGCCCUUAUUCUCCUGCUACCAGUGUUAACAAGUGUUAAGUCUAGACAGAUGGCUUUGUUAAGCUUGUGCAUUUGAGUAAUGAAUUCUUUGUUGUCACCAGCCUUAACUUGUGAAAUGGACUCUUGAGACACACUCGAAGAUCUCCAGUUACAGUGAGUGUUGUUGGAGAAGAAAAUAAUAUUCUAUCAUGUAGUAGUACUACUCGCUGCAGUGCAGCUGAAUUGGCAGAGAAUUUGUUUUCUGGGGGAGGAAUUAACUGUUACGUUGAUCUAUGUGCUCUUUAGCACGGUUUCAUUAUUUCACAAAUGUUAAGGAGGAAGCUGUGGAUUUAUUUUCCCCUUUUAGAAGAGUGACGGCCGAAUGCAUCAAAAUGAACCAUCUGACCUAAAAUGUAGCAGGAAUUCAUUCUCUGUGCAUUGCAUGUUAUCUGGCUUUACUCAAACCAGCUAACAAAAGAUGCUUCGACAAAAACAACCCGAGCAGGUUGGGGUGCACUUAACACACAGAGAUGGGUUCAGGCAAUAACACUGACUGCACUGCUUUUUGUACACUCACCAUGCCCAAAUGAGAGAGAAGUGUGCAAAACAUUCAUUUAAAAAAUUGGCACGUACGGGGAAUGGGCAAGAAGGAUUACAAAAUGACUAUUAGUUGGACUGCUCGUUCAAAAAAUAACUUGGGCACCUCAGACUGCUGAGGUUAUGGCUUAUUUCUCUGCCCUUUAUUGCUUUGAUAUGUGGGGUUUGGGUUACAGUUUCUUUUUGAUUUUUAUUUCUUUUUAUGCAACGUGACAACUUUAUUGUGCAUCAAGGCGUUCUGACCACUUGAUUGUUCACCUUUUUGCAAAUGAGGUUCCCUUCGUUAUGGUGAGAUGCUCUCGACCGUUCUAAUCAAUGAGAAUCAUUAUAGCACAUUUAAUUUAAGCUCUUUUUAAAAGAUGGUAAAAGGUGACUAUUGAUCAGUUUAGGAUAACCAUUUUAUUUCUCAUUGGUUAGGACUGUGAUCCCUGUUCUCUCAGUUCUAUUGUUGUCCCCUUAAAUACUUGCACAUCUGAUUUGGCUGAUUUGGCUAACUUUUUUGGGUGGGAGGGCUGUGUUUGUGAAAAAUAUCCAAAUGAAAUGAAUCAUUAGUUGAGGGAACAGGGAUCUAACUGCACAGGCACUUGGCAGCUGUCUGUUUCUUGUCAGCCCACUGGCAGUAAUGGCCACAGCAAAUGCUUUCAAAGCUAAAAUCAACAAUCCUUCGAGAUUUGGUGUACUACUACCUUCUGACGGGAUGCUGCCUUACGGCCAGUGGCUGCCAUUUUGAGAACCUUAAAGACUGAGACAAGAGCAUCUUGCCCCAGAUUGGGUGAUUUAAUUGGAUAGUUAGUGGAACAAAAUUGUCUCAUUCUUUAAGGUCUUUUUAAAUUCUGGGGAGGGAGGGUUCAAUUAGUGCUCUUGCUGCCCUGAUGCAUACGUUCAUCCUCUCUUGAUAGUCUCCAAACAUUUAUAAUGACACGUUUUGUGUACAAUUUGGCCGUCGUUUAAUUUUUCUGCGAAUGGGGAUGUGAGAGGAGUCCGUUAAGGAUUUCUUUCAUGACUGAUGCAUCAGUGAAAUAACAUGGGAGGGGGGGGAGCCUUUAGGGCAUUACAGAAACGGGAUGAUACGAUCUAAAGAUCCAAAGUUAAGGUAAUGGGUUUAAAAAGGUUUGGAAAAAGUUGCCCUUAAAUUUGGAAGUUUUUUUUUUUUUUCAAAUGAAAUGUUCAAGUGGAGUACACCUUAUUUAAAAAAGUCUCCAAAUUUAAGUGAAUUUAAAGCCUGAGUUCAUUUUUUUUUUUUAUUUGAUGGAAAUUUGGACGUUAUUUAAUUGGCAGAUUUUUCAGUGAAGCUAAUUUUACAAUGGACUUAAGUUCAACGGAUGUCAUCAAUAUUAUUGGAAAAGAUUUGAAAGUUUUGUUGAAAAUAAAGCUCACUGAAAUUUA